AUGAGGGGAAAUCGUGCAGUGGAGUUACCAGACGACUUCUGGAUCCCCAUCCCUCUGGACACCAACAACAUCACGUCCCUUAGCCCGUUCCUGGUUCCCCAGGAUCACCUAGGAAGCCCAGGAAUCUUUUAUGCCAUGUCAGCUUUUAUGUUUUUCCUGUUUGUGACUGGUACGGCCAUCAAUACGGUCACUAUCGCAUGUACUGCUCAAUAUAAGAAGCUCCGGUCUCAUCUGAACUACAUCCUGGUGAACUUGGCUGUGGCAAACCUCCUCGUCUCCUCUGUGGGCUCCUUUACCUGCUUCUACUGCUUUGCUUUCCGAUACAUGAUUCUUGGGCCACUCGGGUGCAAGAUUGAAGGAUUUACAGCAACUCUUGGUGGUAUGGUGAGCCUCUGGUCUCUCGCUGUGGUAGCUUUUGAAAGAUGGCUGGUUGUCUGCAAGCCACUUGGAAACUUCGCCUUUAAACCUCAACAUGCCAUAGCUUGUUGUGCAAUCACUUGGGUUUUUGCUUCAAUUGCUGCAGUUCCUCCUCUGGUUGGAUGGAGUAGGUAUAUCCCAGAGGGCAUGCAGUGCUCCUGUGGACCAGACUGGUACACAACUAACAACAAGUUCAACAAUGAGUCCUAUGUGAUUUUCCUCUUCUGCUUCUGCUUUGCUGUCCCUUUCUUCACCAUCGUUUUCUGCUACUCACAGCUGCUUCUCAUGCUGAAAUCGGCAGCAAAGGCCCAGGCUGAGUCUGCCUCCACCCAGAAGGCAGAGAGGGAAGUGACCAGGAUGGUGGUUGUCAUGGUGCUGGGCUUCCUGGUGUGCUGGAUGCCUUACGCCUCCUUUGCUUUGUGGGUUGUGAACAACCGUGGGCAACCGUUCGACCUGAGACUCGCCACAAUACCCUCCUGCCUCUCUAAAGCCUCCACAGUCUACAACCCUGUUAUUUACAUCCUCCUCAACAAACAGUUCCGCUCAUGUAUAAGGAAGAUGCUGGGGAUGAGUGGAGGCGAUGAUGAAGACUCAUCAACAAGUCAGUCAGUAACUGAAGUCUCUAAAGUCGGUCCUGCUUAG